GGCCACGCUCCCUCUUCUCCGCCCCUCGCCUGUCAGACUCCGCCCCCAGGCCCUUCUCCUCCGCCAGCCUCCAGCCUUGGACCAUUUGGUUGCCGGGCUGCCCCGCCCCCGGAGAAGAUGGCGCUGCGAGUGGCCAGGAGCGUGCGGGUCGCUGCCUCGUCCCUGUGGGCGGCGGCCGGGGCCGAGACCUCCGGGUCCCUGGCCUCGCUCCCUGCCGCCUCCGCGCGCCUCCGGGUCCGCCCCGGCCCAGGAUCCCCUCCCGUCCUAGCGGCCGCCGCCUCCCGGGGCCUCUGCACCAGCGCCCCGCGACCCGUCGUUCGAAAAUUCACAGACAAGCAUGAAUGGGUAUCAGCUGAAAAUGGUAUUGGAACUGUGGGAAUCAGCAAUUUUGCACAGGAAGCAUUGGGAGAUGUAGUUUACUGUAGUCUUCCAGAAGUUGGAACAAAAUUGAACAAACAAGAUGAGUUUGGAGCUUUGGAAAGCGUGAAAGCUGCCAGUGAACUCUAUUCUCCACUAACAGGAGAAGUAACUGAAAUUAAUGUAGCUCUUGCAGAAGACCCAGGACUUAUCAACAAAUCUUGUUAUGAAGAUGGUUGGCUGAUCAAGAUGACUCUCAGCAACCCUUCAGAACUUGAUGAACUGAUGAAUGAGGAUGCAUAUGAAAGAUACAUAAAAUCUUCUAUUGAGGACUGAACACUGGAUCUCCGAAUAAAUUAGCAGAAGAAUACAGCCCAGUAUAGUUUUGUUCUAAAUUAGUGGUAUGUGGAAGGUUAGCAACUUUAACCCUUCUGAAACAACACCAUGGCAUGGAAAAAAUCUUAACUACUCAGAAAUGACUGGAUAAAAAUGCUUUUUACUAUUUGCACCUUUUGCACAACUUCUUCCUAGUAAUUUCAAGUUAGUGUCUGUCUAGUUCCGAAUUCAUUGCAUCAUGUGUGGUAAAAAUGAAUUCUGAGACCAUGUACUUCAAAGCUAGAUUUUUACCUGUAAAAAGCCUUAAAUCAAUAAUGUUGUAAUGGCCAUUCAACUCCAUCCAUCAUCAGUUUUGUUUAAAAUACAUUUGGUUUUCUGUCCAUGGGAAUAAUUUACUGAGAUUGAUUAGCUGGCUGGUGUCAGAUGCAGAACAAUACCAACUUAAUUUUUGAAUAAACUGCUUGGCUGAAGUUAUUUUAUACAGAUGAGGCUUCAACCUUGCAGCAGCAGAUAAUGAAAUUUAAUAAACUUUUUUUAAAACCCUGA